AUGGCAGCCUUUCCCGAACAGGCCAAAAUCGUCAUCAUCGGUAUUGGCGGCAUUGUCGGCGCCUCGGUCGCCCACCAUCUGAUCGAACGCGGCUGGGACGGCAUCGUCGGCAUCGACAAAUCGGCCGUGCCCACCGAUAUCGGCUCGACGUCGCACGCCUCGGACUUCUGCUAUGCGACCAGUCACGACCAGCUCUCCUGCUGGACGACGGCCUAUUCGAUCGAUUUCUACGAGAAGAUGGGCCGCUACGCGCGCGUCGGCGGGCUCGAAGUGGCGCGCGUCGGCGACGACGAACGCAUGGCCGAGCUCAAGCGCAAGGUCGCCUCGGGCAAGGCGUUCGGCACCCGCGCGACGAUGAUCUCGGCCGCCGAGGCCAAGGCGAAAUUCCCGCUUCUCGAAGAGGGGAUGAUCCAGGGCGCGCUUUGGGACCCCGAUGCGGGUCUCGUCACGCCCCGCAGCCAGGUCGUUACCGGCGAACUCGUCGAGAACGCCGAAAAGAGCGGCAAGCUGACGACGUUCGCCAACCUGCCGGCCACCGAUCUGGUGAUCGAGGACGGCCGCAUUGCCGGCGUCGUCACGCGCCGCGGCACGAUCAGGGCAAACCAUGUGAUCGUCUGCGCCGGUCUCUGGGGCCGGCUGAUCGCCGAAAUGGCGGGCGAGGACCUGCCGGUGAUGCCCAUCGACCACCCGCUCCUGUGGUUCGGGCCUUACGACGAGUUCGCCGGCACCGGCAAGGAGAUCGGCUGGCCGCUGCUGCGCGACCAGGGCAAUUCGGCCUAUAUGCGCGACACGGGCGAUCCCAAGUCGACCGAGGGCGGGAUGAUCGAAUGGGGAUAUUACGAGGAAACCGAGCCGCGCCUGGUCCAUCCGCGCGACAUCCUUGAGAAGGAACAGGCGCGCCUGUCCCCCUCCCAGCGCGAUCUGGAGAUGGAGCAGGUCAUCGAGCCGCUCGAAAAGGCGAUGGAGCUGACCCCGAUCCUCGCCGAGCUCGGCUUUGAGGAAAAGCGCUCCUUCAACGGGCUUUUGCAGGUCACCACCGAUGGCGGCGCGUCGCUGGGCGAAAGCCAGAAGGUGCGCGGCCUAUGGUACGCCGUCGCCGUUUGGGUCAAGGACGGCCCCGGUGUCGGCAAGCUGAUCGCCGACUGGAUGACCGACGGCCGCACACCGAUUGACAUCCACGCCGCAGAUUAUGCCCGCUUCUAUCCGCACCAGACCGAAGAAGGCUUCAUCCGCGACCGCUGCACCGAAACCGCGAUGAAGGUCUACAAUCCGGCCGUCCACCCGCGCGAACCCUUCUCCAAGGGCCGCAACAUCCGGCGCUCGCCUUUUUACGAGCGCGAAGUGGAACUGGGCGGCCAUUUCAUGGAACUGGGCGGCUGGGAGCGCGCCCAUGGCUAUGCGGCCAACGAGCAUCUGCUCGACAAAUGGGGCGACAGGGUUCCGGUCCGCCAAGACGAAUGGGACAACCGCCACUUCUGGCGCGUCUCCAAUGCCGAGCAUCUGGAGAUGAGCGACAAUGUCGGCAUGGUGAACCUGUCGCAUUUCGCCAUCUACGAUGUCGAAGGACCCGGCCAUGUGGACCUGAUGGAAUGGCUGUGCGUCGCCAAGAUCGGCGGCGAGAACAUGGUCGGCAAGGGCAUCUACACCCAUUUCCUGGAAGACGAUGGCGGCGUGCGCGCGGACCUGACCGUCAUCCGCAUGCAAGACCGCUGCCGUGUCAUCGACGGCGCCGAUGCCGGCCCGCGCGAUUUCAACUUCAUGAAACGUGUCGCCGCCGACAUGGGGUUCGAUGUCGCCAUCACCGAUGUGACCGAGGACUUCACCACCAUCGGCCUUUGGGGGCCGAACGCGCGCGCCACGCUGCAGAAGCUGGUGGCCGACCCGGACACGCUGGAGCACGAGAACUUCCCGUUCGCCACGCUCAGGCAGAUCGAGAUCGCCGGCAAGGCGGUGACGGCCUUCCGCAUUUCCUAUGUCGGCGAGCAGGGCUGGGAACUGCACAUGCGCUACGAGGACGGGCUGGCCGUCUGGGACGCGAUCCGCGACCUGGGCGUCAUGGCGUUCGGCGUCGAGACCUAUGCAAACUCGCGGCGCAUGGAAAAGAGCCUGCGCCUUCAGAACGCCGACCUUCUGACCGAAUACAAUCUGCUCGAAGCCGAUCUUGCCCGCCCGAAGGUCAAGCAGGCCGAUUUCCGCGGCAAGGCCGCCUAUCUCGAGCAGCGCGCCCGCAACCACCAGCCGGCGACGCUGUGCACGCUGGUCAUGACCGACAAUGUGGAUUCGCACGGCGUCGCCCGCUAUCCGGUCGGCAUCUGCCCGGUGAUGGAUGAGGCCACCGGCGAAGUACUCAUCGACGAGCUGGGGCGGCGAUCCUUCACGACCUCGAUCGCCUAUGGCCCCUCGAUCGGCAAGAACAUCGCGCUGGCCUACCUGCCGCACGACCGCGCCAAGAAGGGCAACGGGCUGAUGAUCGAAUAUUUCGGCGAGCGGUUUCCCGUCGAGGUUGCCGGCAUCGGCUAUGCGCCGCUUUACGACCCCGAGAACAUCAAACCGCGCUCGUGA